CAAAGCAAAAGAGUUUGCGGCGGCGGUACGGUGAACAAGAGCUCAGAGUUCGGCGGGAAGAAUAAUAAGCGUGAGCGGCGUCGAGGCGGUUAGAGAGUUAGCCGAAUUUGAAUUGAAAGUGAAGAAGGUUCGAGAAGGAGAAGAAGAAGAUGAGCAGCGGAGGUGUAAAGAAAGGGCCGCCGAAGCACCAGAACAGAUUCGCCUGGAAGCCUAAUGCCGGAAAGAAGAUAAACGAAACUGAACCGGGAGGGAGGUUUAGGCCUUUAUCAGAGAUAACUGGCGUUUGCCUACGCUGUAAGGAGCAGAUUGACUGGAAGCGCAAGUACGGCAAGUACAAACCUCUCGCUGAGCCUGCCAAAUGUCAGAAGUGUUCGAAAAGGAACGUUCGUCAAGCUUACCACAAUAUCUGUACUGCUUGUGCAAAGGAGCAUAAUGUAUGUGCCAAGUGUUCCUGCCGAGUUGAUCGUAUCAUUGGAAGAGAUUUAUCUGAAAUAGAGGCUGAGAAGAAGGCCCUAGAAGAGGCAAUAAAAAAUGCUCGGGAGAGAGAUAGGAGAAGUCUACUACGAGCUAUGAACAAAGGAAAAUCUCAUAGUUCAACAAAAUCCCCAUCCCAAAAUGAGAAGGUUGGUGAACAAAUCCUGGGGGGAUCUACCCAAGAUGAUGAUGAUGCAAAUAUAUCAAACCAAAAUGAUGAGGAAGUAGUUGAACUUGCCUCAUCACUUAAGCAAUAUGCUAAAUUCAAUGAGGAAGAAGAAGAAGAUGAUGAUGAUGAUGACGAGGAGGAGGAGUUGGAGGUUCAUGCUGAUAAAGAUGAUUAUGUUGAGGAAGAGACAGGCAGAGGAAGAGAAUGAUCACAUUAUUAGUUGAGAUGCAUUUCAGGGAAUUUUAUUGAUGUCAAGUAUGUCACGCUCCCUUUAUGGAUGUCGAGUAUGUCAUAUCCCAUAGAUCACUUAAGCUAAGACUAGAUGAAGAACCAUUAAGAUUUGUUUUGUUCUGCCAUUUUGCAACAUAGAAGCUUGCCAGUUUUGCAGCACAGACUGAAUGUAAAAAUGAGCUUUCAUAUAUUUAAUAUAUCUAUAAGAUGUAUAAUCCACAUAAUUGAUUGCCCAUGUGACUUCUGUUUAUUGAGAUACAGUUGAAUCAGUUGAUGUA